CGCCGCGCCGACUCGGACUGGGACUGGGAGCCGCCCAGGACCCCCGCGCGCCCCGCUGCCGCCGCCGCCGCCAAGCUCCCCACUUUCCGGCCGGGCAAAUGGGCUCCAGGCGGAGGCCUCUGGGCCGCUCCUACUCGGGCAACGGCCGCUUCUCGGCUUACAGCCUCUCCGGCGCGGGGAGCGACGGCGAGGACAACGGCCCGCUGGUGGAGAGCCGGCCCGAGCGGCGCAGCUACUUGCUCAGCGUGCGCCCGGAGAACAGCUUACCAACCAACCGGUUAUCUCCCUCCAACUUCGGAAGGAGCACCUUCUGCACAAUCAUUGCGCAGCUGACGGAGGAGACGCAACCACUGUUUGAAACGACCCUUAAAUCUUAUGCUGUGUCUGAGGAUGCCAGUGCCAAAUUCACAUGCGUCGUUACAGGGUACCCCCAGCCGGAAGUGACGUGGUAUAAAGACGAUGAAGAGAUGGACAGAUACUGUGGCUUACCAAAGUAUGAGAUCUUCCGUCACGGGAACCGACAUACACUGCAGUUGUACAACUGCAAAGAGGACGACGCAGCCAUUUACCAGGCCUCAGCCAGAAACAGCAAGGGCAUUGUGUCCUGUUCAGGCGUCUUGGAGGUCGGCACCAUGACGGAGUACAAAAUCCACCAGAGGUGGUUCGCCAAGCUGAAGCGGAAGGCCGAAGCCAAGUUGCGGGAGAUAGAGCAGAGCAGAAAGCGCGGGAAGGAGAAUGUGGAGGCGGAGCAGCUGAGGAGAGUGAGCCCAGACCGGUUCCAGCGGAAGCGCCGGCUGACGGGGGAAGUGGGCAUGCGCUCCGGUGCCUCCCUCUGGGACAAGGAGGAAGUGGCAAAGGUGCACAUCCCUGACCCGAAACAGAGGCUCAACGAGGACAGCCACGCCAAGAGCAAAGAGUCUCCUCUGGACGCAAAAGCCCUCUUCUCGAACAAUUUCAUCACCGGGCGUCUGGAGGCAGACGUGACGACCAACGGGGACUCCUCUCUCUCGAGUGCCGAGGAGAACGGGGAGGCGAACGGCAACGGCUUCCUUACGUAUAUCUACGAGACAGUGGAGAUUAUGACCAGCAAGCCGACGAACAGGGAGUUUGCUGCUAAGAAGAAGAAGAAAGAGGAGAACGCCCUCGACCUGCCCAGCACGAAGCAAGACAUUUCCGAACGAGAAGACAGGACACAGGUGAGGAGGACUGUUGCGACCCCGAAAAACACCGUGCCCGCCCGCACACCUGAACACCCACCCUCAGCAAUGACAAAUGGGGAGCUGAUGGAAACGGAACCCAGAGGGGUCCCAAGCCAGAUCACAGGAAGUCCAGCACACCUGCAUUCCCAUGCCAACGUGUACUUUUCUCUGAAAGACAUGUAUUUCGACGUCGGAGCAAAGCUCGAAACGGAGCAGGAGGGGCCGGAGAAAAAUGUGGGUGGAACGGAUGUUUACCAGCCGACCGUGGAUGUUUCCAGUGCGGAAGAGACUGUUCCAGUUUGGACGAGGACUGUACCAGAGGAGGGGUCAACUGAACAGGAAGCGAAGGGAAAGGAUGCCCUCGAGACAUCAGUGACCGAAGCAGCUAAGGACUUUAACGUGGAACUGACCCAGUAUCCUAAGUGGACCACAGAGUCCACACCAGAGGUGGAACAUGCAGUUCACGUGCCUCAAAUCCCGGGCAAAACGGCCUCGGAAACAGAACUUCAGCCUCCCAGCUGGGUGUCAGAGGCCGGCCUCUCCAAAGGAGACGGAGGGGAGACAUUUGAAGACAACAUCCGAGAAACGGACUUACUGGAUUCCCUCCCCACUGAUGUCCCACAGGCCCAGGUUGCUGUGGGGCCACAUGUGGAUUCGCCGUCGUGGGAAGCAGCUGGAGACUUGCCAUGGGCCUCCUCUGAAGAGCAGCUGCCCAGCAAAGGGCCUUGUGAGGCUCCUGAAAAUUUGAAGCCCACCUGUUUCACCACCUACGAUGCCCCACAACCUCCAGCUUCAGGAUUUAUCCAGGAAACUAAUCAGAAAGCUGACUACUUAUCAUUAAAGGAAGACUCCCCUGUGGAGCUAGAGACUAAAUGGCUCAAGAAAAGGUCCAUCCCCAGUCCAAAGAUCCAAGAGCCAAGCAUAGUGGUGGUAAGCCAGGAGGGUAGCCAGUAUAGCCGGGGGACUUCCUUGAACCCCCCGUCUGUUUCCCUUGAUCUCGCACAGCCCACUGGGGAGGAGCCCCCGCUUUUGGAAGAAGAGGUGGAGAAGGUCUCCCCAGUUUUUGGUAGUGACGAAAAUCAGCACACAUUAUCUCCAGAUCGUGGAAGGGAGGAGAUGGGCACUGCCGGAUUUUCACCCCAGAGAGCUGAUCUCGAGACGAGUCCGAUACGUGGUUUGGACCGAGGUGCUCCUCAGACUGAAGCAGCGAUCCGUGUGAAGCAAGAAGAGGCAUUUGAGUCAUUGCGGGGCAACAGGCCUGACCUGAAAAUGGAUCUAGGGCUUGAGGUGGAGAGGACAGUGACGACAAGACCGCUGCUGAUUCCCGAGGCUGCCGUAGAACUUCCUGUCCCCUACCAAAGCGUUCCGGACAAGCCACCUCCGAGUCCCACAGUGGCGACGCCUCUGGUGUUCCACGGAUCUCAAGGGCCAUCUCCGCUUUCUCCUAUCGAAGGAGACCUUGCCGAGAGGAACCAAUCAGUGGCCUCUUUGCUGAGGGAUGUGAAGAGAGAUAUGGACCCUUGGCAACCGGCAAGGCCUCCACUUUCAGAACCGGCCCAGCAGGCUGAUGGGUUGGCCGGAGAGGUAGAUCAUGCCAAGGAAGUCAUCUCGGUUCCUCAGAGUGGUGGAGAAGACGAGCAGGAGUCCUUAACUCUUGGCCAGAAGCUGGAGGUGAGUGCUGCGGAAGAGAAGAGAACAGCCUCAAGCACCUCGUUGUUGCAGGAUUUGUCACAGCCCGAGACCGCUAUGGAGGAGGAUGACAGCCCGGAGAAGAAACAGCAGAAAAACCUGGUGUCUUCCCUGAAAAAUUAUUUGCUUCUUCUCUUGAAGAUGACCUCAGAGGCGGACAAAAGCAAGGAGAGCCCGAAGCAGGAAGCCAAGGUGGUGGAGGAGAGGGCUCCGCCCACUGCUCUCCCGAGGCAUGUCAAAGACGUGGGUAUUGCCGGGUUAACCCCCAGAACUUCAAGGAAGAUCUUUGAACGGGUUGAAACCAACCAGCUCUUCCAGAGUGCGGAGUGCCUGCAGCUGACUCCCAAGUCUUCCAGGCGGCUCACGGGAAUGAUCAAUCAGGAGUUGCUUGCCUGCCAAGAAAGGCUGAUGACCGAAUCAAAGGUCCCCCCGUUGCCCUGCGUUCCCUCGAUCGUGGUAGGGAACGCUCCUGGGGAGCCGACGGGGCUUCCCGAUCUGCCUCUAGAGGUCCCUAGUGAGGCGCCGGCAGCCCUGCCUAGCGCUACCCCCCAGGAGCUGGCGCUGGGAGCACGCCGUAAAAUAUUCCUGCCCAAGACCAAGCAAGGUGAUGAGAUGGAAGGGGUCGUCCCAGACGGCCAGGCGCACGCCAAGAAGGACAGCCCCACCGUGUCCCCGCAGCAGAGCCGGAGGAACGCGGCUCUCCUGCAGACCCCAGUCCCGUCUCCGUCUCCUCCCGUGGAGAGGCGCUCCCCGACCCUCGCCAGGAAGAUGGCGACGUUAGAAGUGCCAAAGAUAUAUGAGGAGACGACUGAAGAGAGUAAGGACGUGGCAGACAGUGUCCCGGGAGUCCCAGAGAAAUGUGAAGAGGCUGUCCCGGAAGGGCAGACAGGAGAAUCCCGGAGAGCAAAUGACCCAUUUAAAGCCCCGCAGGUGAUCCGCAAGAUCCGAGCAGAGCAGUUCUCAGAUGCUUCGGGGAACCUGAAACUCUGGUGCCAGUUCUUCAACGUUCUGAGCGACUCAAAGCUGACCUGGUAUAAAGAUGAGAUUCCUGUGACGGAGACCAGAAGGAGCUCCGGGGAUGAAGGGCAGGCGGCCCUGGCCAUCGUGCAGGUGUCCCUGAAGGACUGCGGCGUCUACCAGUGCACCAUCCAGAAUGAAUACGGCACCGACUCCACCGACUUCCUGCAGCUGAGGCCUCUCUUGCUGUCAGGAUUUCUCUCCAAAGAAGAAAUAGAAGCCGGCGAGGAGAUCGAGAUGACGCCCAUGGUGUUUGCCAAAGGCCUGGCCGACUCCGGCUUCUGGGGGGACAAGUUCUUCGGGCGGAUCAUGGUGGAGGACCUGGAGGUGGGCCAAGGCUUCCUGCGCAAGGCAUGCCGCGCCCGGGCCAUUUACGGCCUCGAGCCGGUCUUCGAGUCCGGGCACACGGGCAUUAUCAAAAUCCGCAACCUCGUUGCCUUCGGCGGGCGCAGCGAGAACACGCUGAUGGAGCGGAACUACGACAUCACCAUCCAGGAGUGCAAGAUCCAGAAUUCGAGCCGGGAGUACUGCAAAAUCUUUGCGGCAGAGGCCCGAGCCAUCCCCGCCUUUGGGCCGGCGCCUGAAAUAAUCCCUGUUUACCUGAUCUACCGUCCGGCUAACAAUAUUCCCUACGCUACCAUGGAGGAGGACCUGCCUGGCCUGUUCGAACGCUUCUGUGGGCGAGAGCGAGACGGCAGCCUGGCACCAGCCAGCACUUCCGAGGUUGGGCACAAGUGUGCCACCUUCCAGCACUGGCUGUACCAGUGGACAAACGGCAACAUCCUGGUGACGGACUUGGAAGGUGUCGGUUGGAAGGUCACCAACGUGAGGAUUGCUACCAAAACGAAAGGGUACCAAGGGCUGAAGGACAGCUAUUGCCCUGCCUUGCUGGAACACUUCACCACCUCCCAUCGCUGCAACCGUUACUGUGAGCUCCUGGCCUUGAAGAGCCUUGAAACCCCACAGCCUCCACCCAGAGCCAAAGGCUCCCGGAGCCCCAUCUCCGGCAGGAAGGCCUCAUCCGCCCAGUCCAGCCCCCAGCUCCAGAAGAAAGGCCUGAGUAGCCCCCAGACCCCCCGGAAAGGUUCAGUCAGCCCUAAGAGUGCCCGCAAAAGCCCUGAGGUGGCAGAAUUGCAGCCGCCGGCGAGGGCCAAAGCAGGGGACAGCGGCAAGGCCGGCCGGCUGCAGUGAAGGCACGGGGGCCUUCACGGAUGUGCGUUGCGUAUGCCCGGGGAGGGGACGUGGCAGCCACUGCCACGCCCCCCUGUGGCCCCUUUCCUCCAGUGUGUGAGGCCUGUGUGUGGUGGUGUUUGAGGGAAGGAGCCGGGCUGUGCCCUGAAGAGGUCCCUGUCCGGGCACGGCCCUCUGGGUUGCUUUUGACGGGGCGCGAAGAAAAAGACAAAGAUGGACCGUGAACCCAGCUGUUCUGGACCCUGCAAGCCUCAGGUAUUUUCUUGGCUGUGACACGACCACGUGGCACCUCCGUGGUCCAUGGCAGAUGUCAAAAGUUGUCUUCCUGGCAUGAGCUGUUCUCGUGGAUCCCGAUAGGAGGAAUUCGCAGGCAGAACCUUUGUCUAUGGAUCUCUCGUGGGAAAGGCAGCGGGGCCUGCAAUCCAUCUGUUCCCUGCGUCCUCGACUCACUUCCCCUCGCCGGUUCCUCCGAGUUUGUGUGGGCCACGACCCACAGGGAGAGCCCUUUGACCUCUUCUUCUCUUUGCCCCACAUGUUUCACUCAGCCCAUCCAACAAAAGCCGCAGCAAACAUGAGGGGAGAUGGCUUUUCGCAUGGGGGUGGGCAGGGGAUGACUCAACCAGGGCUACGUCAGUGGUGGAUGCAGCGGUGUCUUGCCUGUAUCAGCACUUGGAGUGAUUAAAACAUCAUGCGGUUCUGUGACUGAUGAGGGUAGAGGAUGCUGGGAAAGGACAGGGGAUGUGUGUGGGGCUGAGUGGGGCUUGCCAAAGGACACCGAGUGUCACAGGCUCGUCUUCCCGUCUUUUUGCCUGCCCCUUUCCCUUGAAUGGCACGACUGCUGUGAACGACCUCAAAUAGUGACCUACCACUGUAAAGACUGACUGUGGGAUUAGAUAGGUCUCUUCCUUAGGACAGCCCCUGAUUUCUGUUAGCCUCCUGCUCGCUACCCAAUAUUCCCCUUCGUCACAUGCCCAUUACAGACCCGCUUUCCUGCCACACUGCAGCUUCCUCUGUAGCACUGACCUGCAUCCCUGACAGGUACCGCAGAAUGGAGCUGCCCGUAACCAUAACUCUUCCUUCCACCGCUGUGCGAUUUCUCCUGGACUAGCUUCAAGUCUGGCACACUGGGAGAGUCUGAAGGACAAGGCAGUCUUGGAAGGACACCCUGGAGCAGCAAGGACAAAAUGCAGCGUGGUGUGGAGCUGCUGCCAGCGAGAUACCACCACCAGGCCAGCCUUUCUCUGUACACUGUAGACAUCUGACAGGGCAGGGCAAAUGCUCAGGUCCUGGCUUGUUCGUGUUGGGAGAAAUAGGCAAAAAUACUUAGAUAUUCAGAGUUUGUAAUGGAUCUUUGCUUCACUGGAGAGGAGGCA